CGCUUUUAAUAAGAGAUGUUGGAAGAACGCGCUAUCAAUCGUUAUCACGACGACCUGACACUUGUUUGACAGCUGCUGACGCGUUUACGGGGUGUUAGCGCUUACAACUACCGGUGCGUGGCGCUGAGCAGCGCGGCGGCGCUGGCGUUCGCGUGCGUGUGCUACGGCGGCGGCAUCCUCGUGCCGGCCGGCGCCUGCGAGCUGCGCGCCGCGCCCAAGCACCAGGCCGCCAUGCUCGCCGCGCCCUUCGUCGCGGGCGUGGUGGGGUCGGUGGUGUGGGGCUGGCUGGGAGACCGGCGCGGGCGGCGGCGCGUGCUGCUGGGCGCGCUGGGCGGCGCGGCGCUGACCAACGCGGCCGCCAGCCUCGCGCCCUCCUGGCAGCUGCUGCUGCUGCUGCAGUGCGCUACCACCUUCCUAGGGUCGGGAGUGUAUCCGCUGGUGAUGACGCUGCUGAGCGAGAGUGCGCCGCGAGCGAGCCGCGACCGCGCGCUGCUCGCCGUCGCCACCGUCAUGCUGUGCUCGCAGGGCGUCAUGGCAGGUUUAGCAAUCCCCAUCAUACCCCUGACGUUCUCCUACUACGUCCCGGCCCUAAGCAUCUACUGGAACUCGUGGCGGAUGCUCAUGUUGGCGUACUCGCUGCCGGCCAUCGUCGCCGGGCUGGGAAUAUGGCUCUUCAUCCAAGAGAGUCCCAAGUUCGUACUCAGCAAGGGCGACGAGGAUGGUGCCAUGAAAAUUCUGAAAUUUAUUUAUAAAAUAAAUAAAGUGGACGAGAAGCUUCAGGUGCAGGGGCUCUUUCUAGAUUCCCAGGAGAUGGCGACGGCGAUGGCGGGGGCGGAGGCAGGGGCGGGUGAGGCGGCGGCGGCGGGGCGCGGGCGGGUCGCGGCGCUGUUCCGCGCGCCGCUGCGCAAGUACACCGCCAUCUGCACGCUGCUCUUCAUCGGCAUGCAGUUUGUAGGAGCUUUUCUAAUUUGGCUGCCGAAGAUAUCGAACCAGUUGACGAAGUUGCUGCAGACGGGCGAGGGCUCCGACAUGACGCUCUGCGCCAUCAUCGAGAGCAGCCUGUAUGCCGAGACGAGAGCACUCGCCGAGCCCGCCGGCGCCGCGAGUGGUGUCUCCUGCUCCAUUAACGUGUCGGCACUGCUGAUACUGCUGGCGGCGUGCAGUCUGCAGUUGAUCGCUAACGGUGUGCUCAGUCUGGCGGUGGGGCGCUACGGGCGGCGCGACUCGGUGACGGUGUUGGUGCUGGCGUGCGGCGCGAGCGGCGCGCUGGCGGCGGCGGGCGCGCCCGCGGCCGUCGGCGCCGCGCUCUACGCCGGCCUCGUCGUCGGCAUCGUCGUCGUCGGGCCCUACACCGCCAUCGCCGUCUCGCUCUUCCCCACGCACUUGAGGAGCCUAGCGGUGGGGCUAACGAUGACGGGCGGGCGGCUGUGCGGCUUCUUCACCAUCCAGCUCGCCAACUACCUACUCGGGCGCCACUGCCGGCUCGGCUUGCUGCUGUUCUCCGCCGUCUUCGCCACUUCUGCGCUGCUGUUGCGCCUGCUGCCGAGCGACCGACGCCGGCGCCCGCGAGUGGCGAUUGAGUCGGCGGAUCCUAGUGGCGUCGCCUUGAAACCAUUACGAGUAAACAAACCUACAACAGACUAA